AUGGUGUAUACCCGAGACCUACACAGUCGGCUUUUGCAAUCUCUACACAGUCGGCACGCGUGCUUCCUAUCAAGCAUCAGAAUAUGCUUCGUUACCAUUCACACUCUCCAUGAUUUGUUGGCUCCAGCGCACAAGUUGUUGUGGUACGUACCUCCUCAAGCUGAUGUGGUACUUCCUCAAGUUGAUGUUGAAGCUAAUGUUGCUCGAGCACUUGGCAUAUUUUCCGGAGGUGGUCGGGUGUGGACCACGGAGAGGCACACUGCGUUUACAACAGCCCGCUUCUCUCUACCCGUUCACAUGCGAAUAGCAACAUAUAUUGGGGAAGCUCCUGAACUAGCAGUAGUGGCACAAGAGGUUGAUGCAUAUGUGGAGGCACAAGAGGGUGAUUCACAGGUGGAGGCACAAGAGGGUGAUGCACAGGUGGAGGCGGAAGAGGGUGAUUCACAGGUGGAGGCGGAAGAGGGCUAA